AUGGAAAUGGAAUCGACCAACAACAACAAAAUCUGGAAUGUGGGUCUCUUGCUAGUGGCGACUCUGUUAGCGGCAAAACUGAUUUCGGCAUUAAUGAUGACCAGAUCCAAGAAACGACUGCCGCCGGUAGUCAAUUCUUGGCCGGUGCUCGGUGGGCUGUUGCGAUUUUUGAAGGGGCCAGUGGUGAUGCUGAGGGAAGAGUACCCAAAGCUUGGUAGCGUGUUCACUCUGAAAUUACUCAACAAGAAUAUCACUUUCUUGAUUGGGCCAGAAGUGUCGGCGCAUUUCUUUAAGGCGCCGGAGUCGGAUCUCAGCCAGCAAGAGGUGUACCAAUUCAAUGUGCCCACUUUUGGACCUGGAGUGGUGUUUGAUGUGGAUUAUUCCGUUAGGCAGGAACAGUUCAGGUUUUUCACUGAGGCUCUUAGAGUUAAUAAGCUCAAAGGUUAUGUAGACCAGAUGGUCACGGAAGCUGAGUAUUGGAUUUCCAGUAAUAAUGGAAAUGGAAUCGACCAACAACAACAAAAUCUGGAAUGUGGGUCUCUUGCUAGUGGCGACUCUGUUAGCGGCAAAACUGAUUUCGGCAUUAAUGAUGACCAGAUCCAAGAAACGACUGCCGCCGGUAGUCAAUUCUUGGCCGGUGCUCGGUGGGCUGUUGCGAUUUUUGAAGGGGCCAGUGAAGUGUCGGCGCAUUUCUUUAAGGCGCCGGAGUCGGAUCUCAGCCAGCAAGAGGUGUACCAAUUCAAUGUGCCCACUUUUGGACCUGGAGUGGUGUUUGAUGUGGAUUAUUCCGUUAGGCAGGAACAGUUCAGGUUUUUCACUGAGGCUCUUAGAGUUAAUAAGCUCAAAGGUUAUGUAGACCAGAUGGUCACGGAAGCUGAGGAGUAUUUCUCCAAAUGGGGAAACAGUGGAGAAGUGGACUUAAAGUACGAAUUGGAGCAUCUAAUCAUUCUGACAGCCAGCAGAUGUCUGCUAGGUGAAGAGGUUCGCAAUAAGCUCUUUGACGAUGUCUCUGCUCUCUUCCAUGACCUAGACAAUGGCAUGCUUCCCAUCAGUGUGAUAUUUCCGUAUCUGCCCAUCCCAGCACACCGUCGCCGAGAUCAAGCUCGUAAAAAACUUGCUCAAAUUUUUGCAGACAUCAUAGCUUCUCGUAAACAAACUGGCAAGACAGAGAAUGAUAUGCUACAGUGUUUCAUAGAUUCCAAGUACAAAGAUGGGCGCCAAACAACUGAGUCAGAAGUCACCGGCCUGCUCAUUGCUGCUCUUUUUGCUGGCCAGCACACAAGUUCCAUUACUUCCACCUGGACUGGGGCAUAUCUCCUCUGUAACCCAACAUACAUGUCAGUAGUGUUGGAGGAGCAGAAGAAUUUGACACAAGAGCAUGGAAACAAGGUUGAUCAUGAUGUUUUGUCAGAAAUGGAAGCCCUCCAUCGAUGCAUAAAAGAAGCUCUGAGACUCCACCCUCCUUUGAUAAUGCUUCUUCGUAGCUCACACUCCGAUUUCAGCGUGAAAACUCAGGAAGGUAUAGAAUACGACAUUCCCAAGGGACAUAUUGUGGCCACAUCACCCGCUUUUGCAAAUCGACUCCCUCAAAUUUACAAAAAUCCAGAUAAAUAUGACCCUGAUAGGUUUGCUCCUGGGAGAGACGAGGACAAGGUGGCAGGAGCUUUCUCCUAUAUAUCCUUUGGUGGUGGAAGACAUGGUUGCCUAGGAGAGCCAUUUGCAUAUCUGCAAAUAAAAGCAAUCUGGAGCCAUUUGGUAAGGAAUUUUGAGUUGGAGCUGAUUUCACCUUUUCCAGAGAUUGACUGGAAUGCCAUGGUCGUGGGUGUGAAAGGAAAAGUCAUGGUUCGGUACAAGCGCCGAGAGCUUUCCCCCAAUUAA